GCGCUGGCCCUGGCCCUGGCCGCGUGGACCGAGCGCGCGUCGGCUGCCUCUUUCUUCGGUGAGAAUCACCUCGAGGUGCCUGUGGUGACGACUCUGCGUGACAUAGACCUACAACUGCAGUUCUCCACACCCCAGUCAGAAGCUCUGCUUCUCCUGGCUGCAGGCGCUGCUGACCACCUCCUCCUGCAACUCUACUCUGGACGCCUGCAGGCCAGACUUUUCCUAGGCCAGCAGGAGCUGAAGCUGCAGACUCCAGCAGAGAGGCUGCUGAGUGACACCGCCCUGCACACGGUGGGGCUCACUGUGUCCGACAGCUGGGCCUUGCUGUCUGUCGAUGGGCUCCUGAACGCCUCCGCCCCAGUUCCGGCAGCCCCCUUGGAGAUCCCCUAUGGAAUCUUCGUGGGAGGCACAGGGAGCCUUGCCCUGCCCUACCUGAGGGGAACCAGUCGCCCCCUUAGGGGCUGCAUCCAUGCUGCCACCCUCAACGGCCACAACCUCCUCCGGCCGCUGACCCCUGACGUGCAAGAGGGCUGUGCCCAGGAGUUUUCUGCGGGUGACGAUGUGGCUCUGGGUUUCUCCGGGCCCCGCUCGCUGGCUGCCUUCCCUGCCUGGGGCACUCGGGACGAAGGCACCCUGGAGUUUACACUGACCACGUGGAGCCGCCAGGCACCCUUGGCCUUCCAGGCAGGGGGCCGCCACGGCGACUUUAUCUAUGUGGACAUAUUUGAGGGCCACCUGCGGGCGGUGGUGGAGAAGGGCCAAGGCACCGUGUUGCUCCACAACAGCGUGCCUGUGGCCGACGGGCAGCCGCAUGAGGUCAGCGUCCACGUGGACACUCACCGACUAGAAAUCUCCGUGGACCAGUACCCCACGCGUACGUCCAACCGUGGCGUCCUCAGCUACCUGGAGCCCCGUGGCAGUCUCCUCCUUGGGGGACUGGAUGCUGAGUCGUCUCGCCACCUCCAGGAGCACCGCCUGGGCCUGGCACCAGGAGCCGUCAACGUCUCCCUGCAGGGCUGCAUGGAGGACCUCAUUGUCAAUGGGCAGAGACGGGGGCUCCAGGAGGCCUUGCUGACCCGCGACAUGGCUGCCGGCUGCAGUCUGGAGGAAGAAGAGUAUGAGGAGGAUGCCUAUGGCCACUACGAAGCUUUCUCCACCCUGGCACCUGAGGCGUGGCCAGCCAUGGAGCUGCCUGAGCCCUGUGUGCCAGAGCCAGGGCUGCCUCCCAUCUUUACCAAUUUCACCCAACUGCUGACCAUCAGCCCACUGGUGGUGGCCGAGGGGGGCACGGCGUGGCUUGAGGGGCGGCACGUGCAGCCCACACUGGACCUGAGCGAGGCCGAGCUGCGCAAGUCGCAGGUGCUGUUCAGCGUGAGCCGCGGGGCCCGCCACGGCGAGCUGGAGCUGGACAUCCCGGGUGCCCAGGCGCGGAAAAUGUUCACGCUCCUGGACGUGGUGAACCGCAAGGUUCGCUUUGUCCACGAUGGCUCCGAGGACACCUCCGACCAGCUGGUGCUGGAGGUGUCAGUGACCGCUCGGGGGCCCGUGCCCGCCUGCCUGCGGAGGGGUCAAACGUACCUCCUGCCCGUGCAGAUAAAGCCCGUCAAUGACCCGCCCCGUGUCAUCUUCCCGCACGGCAGCCUCAUGGUCAUCCUCGAGCACACACAGAAAUCGCUGGGGCCUGAGGUUUUCCAGGCCUAUGACCCCGACUCCGCCUGUGAGGGUCUCACCUUCCAGCUGCUGGGGGCCCCUGCCAGCCUCCCCCUGCAGCGCCAGGACCAGCCCGGGGUGCCAGUGACCCAGUUCUCCUGCCUGGAGCUGGAGGCGGGAAACCUCGUGUAUGUCCACAGCGGUGGGCCCACCCAGGACCUGAUGUUCCGGGUCAGCGACGGGCUGCAGGCCAGCCCCUCGGCUACGCUGAGGGUGGUGGCCGUCCGGCCAGCCAUUCGCAUUCGUCACAACACGGGAUUGCGCCUGGCUCAGGGCUCGGCGGCCCCCAUCCUGCUGGCCAACCUGUCGGUGGAGACCAACGCCGUGGGGCAGGACGUGAGCGUGCUCUUCCGAGUCGCCCGGGCCCUGCGGUUCGGGGAACUGCAGAAACAGGGGGCUGGGGGUGCGGAGGGCACCGAGUGGCGGGCCACACAGGCCUUCCACCAGCGGGAUGUGGAGCAGGGCCGUGUGAGGUACCUGAGCACCGACCCGCAGCACCGUGCGGAGGACGCAGUGGAGGACCUGGUCCUGGAGGUGCAGGUGGGCCAGGAGACCCUGAGCAACCUGUCCUUCCCUGUGACGGUGCAGAGAGCCAUGGUGAGGCUGCUCCGGCUGGAGCCAUUGCACGCUCAGAACACCCAGCCAGAGGCCCUCACCACAGCCCACCUGGAGGCCGUCCUGGAGGAGGCUGGUCCGAGCCCCACCACCUUCCACUAUGAGGUGGUCCAGGCCCCCAAGAAGGGUAACCUGAGGCUGCAGGGCACACGACUGUCAGACGGUCAGGGCUUUACCCAGGAUGACCUGCAGGCGGGGCGGGUGACCUACGGAGCUGCAGCCCAAGCUUCAGAGGCCAUGGAGGACACCUUCCGCUUCCGUGUCACUGCUCCGCCGCACUUUUCCCCGCUCUACACCUUCCACAUCCACAUCGGCGGCGACCCGGAUGCACCUGUCCUCACCAACGUCCUCCUCACCGUGCCCGAGGGCGGCGAGGGUGUUCUCUCAGCCGACCACCUCUUUGUCAAGAGUCUCAACAGUGCCAGCUACCUCUACGAAGUCAUGGAGCAGCCCCGCCAUGGGAGGCUGGCCUGGCGGGGGCCACGGGACCAAUCCUCCGUGGUGACGGCCUUCAGCAACGACGACCUGUUGCACCGCCGGCUGGUCUACCAGCACGACAACUCGGAGACCACCGAAGACGACAUCCCAUUUGUGGCCACACGCCAAGGGGAGGGCAGUGGUGGCAUGGCCUGGGAGGAGGUGCGCGGGGUCUUCCGGGUGGCCAUCCAGCCCGUGAAUGACCACGCACCCGUGCAGACCAUCAGUCGAGUCUUCCACGUGGCGCGGGGCGGGCGGCGGCUGCUCACAACCGACGACGUGGCCUUCAGCGACGCCGACUCGGGCUUUGCCGACGCUCAGCUAGUGCUGACCCGCAAGGACCUCCUCUUCGGCAGCAUCGUGGCUGCGGAGGAGCCCACGCGGCCCAUCUACCGCUUCACCCAGGAGGACCUCAGGAAGAAGCGGGUCCUAUUUGUGCACUCGGGAGCCGACCGAGGCUGGAUCCAGCUGCAGGUCUCCGACGGGCAGCACCAGGCCACCGCCCUGCUCGAAGUGCAGGCUUCAGAGCCCUACCUCCGCGUGGCCAACGGCUCCAGCCUCGUGGUUCCUCAGGGAGGCCAGGGCGCCAUCGACGCCGCAGUGCUCCCUCUAGACACCAACCUGGACAUCCGCAGUGGGGACGAAGUCCGCUACCAGGUCACAGGCGGCCCACGCUGGGGGCAGCUCCUCCGGUCCGGCCAGCCCACCGCAGCCUUCUCCCAGCAGGACCUGCUGGACGGGGCUGUUCUCUACAGCCACAAUGGCAGCCUCAGCCCCAGGGACACCCUGACCUUCUCUGUGGAGGCGGGGCCCGUGCACACAGACACCACCCUCCAGGUGACCAUUGCCCUGGCAGGGCCACUGGCACCCCUGUACCUGGCCCAGCACAAGAAGAUCUAUGUCUUCCAGGGGGAGGCGGCCGAGAUCCGUAGGGACCAGCUACAGGCAGCCCAGGAGGCGGUGGCCCCAGCGGACAUUGUGUUCUCGGUGAAGACCCCCCCGCGCGCCGGGUACCUGGUGAUGCUGUCUCACGGGGCCUCUAUGGCCGAACCGCCCAGCCUGGACCCCGUGCAGAGCUUCUCUCAGGAGGCAGUGGACGCAGGCAGGGUCCUAUACCUGCAUUCCCGCCCGGAGGCCUGGAGCGAUGCCUUCUCCUUGGACGCGGCCUCGGGCCUGGGGGCCCCCCUGGAGGGCAUCCGUGUGGAGCUGGAGGUGCUGCCUGCUGCCAUCCCACUGGAAACACAGAACUUCAGCGUCCCCGAGGGCGGUGCCCACACCCUGGGCCCGCCGCUGCUCCGCGUCACGGGGCCCUACUUCCCCACGCUGCCCGGCCUCGACCUGCAGGUGCUAGAGCCCCCCCAGCACGGGGCCCUGCAGAGGAAGGAAGGCCCUCAAGACCGCACGCUCAGCGCCUUCUCCUGGAGCGAGGUGGAACAGCAGCUGAUCCAAUACGUGCAUGAUGGCAGUGAGACUCUGACGGACCGCUUCAUCCUCGUGGCCAACGCCUCUGAGAUGGACCGCCAGAGCCGGCCCGUGACCUUCAGUGUCACCAUCCUGCCCGUCAACGACCAGCCCCCCAUCCUCACCACAAACACUGGCCUGCAGAUGUGGGAGGGGACCACUGUGCCCAUCCCUCCGGAGGCCCUUAGGGGCACAGACAGCGACUCGGGGCCCAAAGACCUGGUCUACACCCUGGAGCAGCCCAGCAACGGACGGGUGGUACUACGGCCGUCACCAAACACCGAGGUCCGAAGCUUCACACAGGCCCAGCUGGACAGUGGACUCGUGCUGUUCUCACACAAAGGAGCCCUGGACGGAGGCUUCCGCUUUGGUCUCUCUGAUGGCGAGCUCACUUCCCCUGGACACUUCUUCCGAGUGACGGCGCAGAAGCAGCUACUCCUCUCUCUGGAGGGCAGCCGGACGCUCACUGUCUGCCCAGGCUCCAUCCAGCAGCUUAGCAGCCAGAGCCUGAGAGCCAGCUCCAGCGCAGGCACCGACCCUGGCCACCUGCUCUACCACGUGCUGUGGGGCCCCCAGCUGGGCCGCCUGUUGCACACUCAGCACAGCAACACUGGGGAGGCCCUGGUGAACUUCACUCAGGCCGAGGUGUAUGCUGGGAAUGUUCUGUAUGAGCACGAGAUGCCCGCUGAGCCCUUCUGGGAGACCCACGACGCCCUGGAACUCCGGCUGUCCUUACCCCCUGCUCCUGACGUCUCUGCCACCCUUGCCGUGACUGUGUCUUUUGAGGCUGCCUGUCCUCAGCGCCCCAGCCGCCUCUGGAAGAACCAAGGUCUCUGGGUCCCUGAGGGCCAGCGGGCUGAGAUCACCGUGGGCGCCCUGGAUGCCUCCAACCUGCUGGCCAGCGUUCCUGAGCCCCAGCGUGCAGAGCACGACGUGCUGUUCCAGAUCACACAGUUCCCCACCCGGGGGCAGCUGCUGGUGUCCGAGGAGCCCCUCCAUGCCGGGCGGCCCUACUUCCUACAGUCUGAGCUAACCGCAGGGCGGCUGGUGUAUGUCCACAGUGGUGCGGGCACCCAGCAGGACAGCUUCCGCUUCCGUGCCCACCUCCAGGGUCCGGCAGGGGCCUCCGUGGCGGGGCCCCACACCUCAGAGGCCUUCACCAUCACAGUGCGGGACGUGAACAAGCAGCCGCCUCAGCCCCAGGCCUCUGCCCCGCUCCGGCUCACCCGGGGUUCCCACACCCCUGUCACUCGAGCCCAGCUGAGUGUGGUGGACCCAGACUCAGCUCCCGGGGAAAUUGAGUAUGAGGUGCAGCGGGCGCCCCACAAUGGAUUCCUGAACCUGGCAGGGACCAGCCCGGGGCCCGUGACCCGCUUCACGCAGGCCGACGUGGAUGCAGGCCGGCUGAGCUUCGUGGCCAACGGGAGCAGCGUGGCCGGCGUCUUUCAGCUGAGCGUGUCCGACGGGGCCAGUCCGCCCCUGCCCGUGUCCCUGGCGGUGGAUGUCUUGCCGUCUGCGAUUAAGGUAGAGCUGCAGGAGCCCCUAGAGGUGCCCCAAGCUUUAGGGCGCGCCUCACUGACCCGGCAGCAGCUCCACGUGGUCUCAGAUCGAGAGGAGCCGGACACGGUGUACCGGCUCACGCAGGGGCCCCGGCACGGGCACCUCUUGGUGGGCGGCCAGCCCGCCGCAGCCUUCAGCCAGCUCCAGGUAGACAAGGGCGAGGUGGUCUUUGUCUUCACCAACUUCUCCUCCUCCCGCGACCACUUCCGCGUCCUGGCACUGGCCAGGGGUGUCAAUGCGUCCGCCACAGUGAACGUCACCGUGAGGGCUCUGCUGCACGUGUGGGCAGGCGGACCAUGGCCCCAGGGUGCCACCCUGCUCCUGGACCCCACCGUCCUCAGUGCGGGUGAGCUGGCCAACCGCACGGGCAGCGUGCCCCGGUUCCGGCUCCUGGCAGGACCCCGGCACGGCCGCGUGAUCCGUGUGCCCCGGGCCGGGACGGAGCCCAGGAGUGGCCAGUCUGUGGAGCAGUUCACCCAGCAGGACCUAGAGGAUAGAAGGCUGGGGCUGGAGGUGGGCCAACCAGAGGGCAAGGCCCCUGGCCCUGCCAGUGACAGUCUCACUCUGGAGCUGUGGGCGCAGGGCGUCCCCCCAGCUGUGGUCCCGCUGGACUUUGCCACCGAGCCUUACGAUGCAGCCCAGCCCUACCACGUGGCCUUGCUCAGUCUCCCUCAGGCUGCUCGGACAGAGGCAGGGAAGCCAGAGGCAGGCACCCCCACACGCGAGCCGAGCCCAGCCACCCUCAGCCCCGUGCCCACCGUGGCCAGGGGCCGCUUCCUGGGCUUCCUAGAAGCCAACAUGUUCAGCGUGAUCAUCCCAGUGUGCCUGGUCCUCCUGCUCCUGGCGCUCAUCUUGCCCCUGCUCUUCUACCUCCGCAAGCGCAAUAAGACAGGCAAGCACAAUGUCCAGGUGCUGACCGCCAAGCCCCGCAACGGCCUGGCCAGCGACAUGGAGACCUUCCGCAAGGUGGAACCGGGCCAGGCCAUCCCACUCACGGCGGUACCGGGCCAGGGGCUCCCGCCAGGGAGCCAGCCAGACCCAGAGUUGCUGCAGUUCUGCCGGACACCCAACCCUGCCCUCAAGAACGGCCAGUACUGGGUGUGAGACGUGGCCUGGGCCCUGAUGUGGAUCGGGCCGGGGGCAGGCUUGCUCAGGCUCCAGGCCUGUUGCUGCCCUGACCUGGUUCCGUCUGAGCAUCCCCAGAACAAGACAGAGCUGGAGACAGCAGGGCUGGGGGCACCAGGAGGACGUUCCAGGGGUCUCAGGGCCACGAGCAGCCUGGGACUCAGCCCCCUGCCUGGAGCCUGUUUGGGCUGACACAACCAGAAUGACCUCCUAGAUGGGACAGGACUCUGGGUCCUGGGUCUGUGACCUUGGGUAAGUCACACCUGACCCGAGUUGCAGAGAGGUCAAGGAGAAGGGAGGGACAGAUGAGGACUCCUGGCUUUUCCACUGCAAGCCAGGCCUCCCCUUGUCGCUGUCCCAGAGUUGAGAGGAAAACUUUUUCCCUGACUUUUGGGGGAAAUGGUAUUCCCCAGAGCAGAGGGCAGAAAGAAAAAGGCCCUCCCCUCUCUAGAAGGCAUAAGCCAGUAGAAUAAUAUAUUCAGGGUGAAGGUGGGUGGGGUGCUCUGGGGAUGGGUUUAUUUAAGGGGGAUUGCAAAAAAGCUAUUUAACAAGGUGCUGAGCUAACCCAGGCUGAGGGAGCACCGGGGGGUGUGCAAUGGAGGGCUUUGGGACGGAGGAGGGUCUGAGGGCAGUUUGUUCCCAAGGCCUCGCUUGGGUGGGCUGAGGGCCAGCCAGGCCAUGUCUGCAGCCCCAGAGCAGGCUGGGCCGCGGGGGGUUCUCCUGAGAACUAGGGGCGGGCAGUUGGGGUGCUCGGCGCCACAGGGCCCGGAUAAACGUUACUUCUGAGGUCCUGACAGCUGUGUAUUGUUUGUCUGACUGCGCGCUGGGCUCUUGUCCACACUGGCCUGCACUCCCCUAGGGUGGGCCAUUCCACCAGGCCUUAGUCAGUGGGUGGAUGGAGGCAAGCGAGUGCUGAGUUCCUCCUCCUGGGGCCUUCAGAUCUCCUCUGCCAGCCCCU